AUGAAAACAAUAUUCACCAACGGCCUCAUCGUCCGAGGCAGUGGCAAGGCGCAAUCCGAGCCAGUCUCAUGCUGCAUGAUCGUCGAGGAUGACAAGAUAGCGUAUAUCGGCGACGAGCACGAUGAAGCCAUCGCUCUGGCCAAGCAAGAAUCAGAUGUCGAAACCGUGGAUCUGGAGCAGCGAACCGUCAUCCCCGGCUUUAUCGACGGACACAUGCACCUCCUCCUCUUCGGCGCGAGCCUCUCCAAAAUCGACCUCAGCCACUGCAGGAACCUCGCCGACAUCCGCGCCACGAUCCAGCAAGCCGCGCAGGAGCGCCCGCACGCCCAGCGCCUCUUCUGCCGCGGCUGGAUGCACUCCAUGACCGACGGACAAGCGCUGGCCAGCAUGCUCGACGACCUCGACCCGCGGCCCAUCUUCAUCGACUCCAAGGACCUGCACUCCGCCUGGUGCAACCGCGCCGCGCUCGCCGAGCUCCAGGUCGCCGACACCCCCGACCCCGCCGGCGGCACCAUCCACCGCGACGCGGCCGGCGCCCCCUCCGGUCUCCUCAGUGAGGCCGCAGCCGUGAACCUCGUCUGGCCACACGUCGCCGCGGUGGCCUCGGCGGAGGAGAAGCGCGAGUUCGUGCGCGCCGCCGUCCGCGCCUACAACGCCGCGGGCUAUACCGGCGUCGUGGAGAUGGCGAUGGACGAGAACGCGUGGAGCACGCUGCUGGAGCUGCGCGCGCGCGAGCCGCUCCCGCUCCGCAUCGCCGCCCACUGGAUCAUCACGCCCGCCGCCACCGUGGACGCCUGCCUCGCGCAGGUCGACCGCGCCAUCGCCCUGCACGCGGUCCACAACGCGCGCACCUCGCCGGACUUCCGCAUCGCGGGCAUCAAGGUCAUCUGCGACGGGGUGGUGGACGCCUGCACGGCGGCGCUGCUGCAGCCGUACGCUUCGGGGGCGAGCGAGGCCGGAGCUGAGGCCGGAGCUGGGGUCAACUGCGCGCCGCUGUGGCCGGCGGAGAUGCUGCGGGCGGUGGUGGCGCGGGCGGACGCGGCGGGCCUGCAGUGCGCGCUGCACGCGAUCGGGGACGCAACGGUGCGGCUGGCCAUCGACACGCUGGAGGCGGUGGGGACGCGCGGGCGGCGGCACCGCAUCGAGCACCUGGAGCUGACGGCGGCGGACGACGCGGCGCGGCUGGGCGCGCUGGGCAUCACGGCGUCGGUGCAGCCGGUGCAUGCGGACCCGGCGAUCCUGCGCGCGUGGCCGCGGCUGCUGGGCGAGGAGCGGUGCGCGCGCGCGUUUGCGUAUGCAGAGUUCGUGCGGCCGAAGGAGGCCACGACGCAGGCACAGGGACAGGGACAGAGACAGGCGCAGCCGCCGCCGCCGCCGGCACCACUGGCGAUCGGAACGGAUGCGCCCACGGCGCCGCAUCUGCCGCUGCGGAACCUGUACACGGCGACGACGCGGCGGUCGGCGCGCGAGCCCGCGUCGCUGGAGACGGUCAAUCCGCAUUUCCGGCUGUCGCUGCUGGAGGCCGUCACGGCCGCGACGGCCGGGUCGGCGUACUCGUGCUUCGCGGACGGGUUCACGGGGAGUCUGGAGGCGGGCAAGAAGGCGGAUUUUGCGGUUGUGGAUAUGGCGUGGGAGGCGGAGAGGUUGCUCGACGCCUCGGUAUAUGCUACGUACUUUGAUGGGCGGAGGGUGUAUAGCCGCUGA